AUGGAAACACAGCAACCCAGAUCGUCAUCCUCUCUCCUGACCAUCCUUCUACCUCUCUAUCUGAUCAUUGGACACGGUGCUCAGCUGCUUUCAUCAAUUGCGAACCGUUCCAAGCGAUAUCUUUGUGCGUCUCUCCUCGGAUCUGUGAAACCUCGCUCCAUUUACGCAUUCAGACCGCUCCAUUGUUCAUCGGUCAACAUGUCCGGCAUUAGCAAGGCUUGCUGCUCGAUCCCUCCCAUUGUCGCCCAAGGCUACCAGGGAAAGGGUGAAUACAAGACAAUCAAUGGAAUGAAGACAUACGUUACUGGCCCUGACUCUGCCUCCAAGGCCAUCUUCAUCGUCUACGACAUCUUCGGCUUUUUCCCUCAGACAAUCCAAGGCGCUGAUAUCCUCGCUACCUCGAGCGAGCAGAAAUAUCGUGUCUUCAUGCCUGACUUCUUCGAGGGCAAACCCGCGGACAUCACCUGGUUCCCUCCUCAGACCGAAGAACACAAGCAAAAGCUGGGCAAUUUCUUCCAAACCAAGGCUGCUCCUCCUGCAAAUCUGCCCAAGAUUCCAUCCUUCGUCGACGAAGCGAACAAGCUCGCCCCCAACGGCAAGGCCUUCGAGUCCUGGUCUAUCCUCGGAUACUGCUGGGGUGGAAAGAUCGCGUGCUUGUCCUCUGCCAAGGACACUAAGUUCAAGGCCGCGGUGCAAUGCCAUCCUGCCAUGGUUGAUCCCAAUGAUGCUAAGAAUGUCACUAUUCCCAUGGCCAUGUUGGCUUCCAAGGACGAGAAUCCCAAGGACGUCGAGGCCUUCGGUGCCAACCUAAAGGUUGAUCAUUAUGUGGAGACCUUCUCGACCCAGAUUCAUGGCUGGAUGGCGGCUCGGUCCAACCUUGAGGAUGAGGAAGUCCGCAAGGAGUAUGAGAGAGGUUACAAGACUGCUUUGAGCUUCCUUCAGAAGCAUGCUUAA